GCCGCCGAGCCCGACCCGCGGCGCCGCCUGGAGAUCGUCUUCGUGUCCUCGGACCAGGACCAGCGGCAGUGGCAGGACUUCGUGCGGGACAUGCCUUGGUUGGCGCUGCCCUACAAGGAGAAGCACAGGAAGCUUAAACUUUGGAACAAAUAUCGCAUUUCCAACAUUCCAUCCCUAAUAUUCCUAGACGCCACCACGGGGAAGGUUGUGUGCAGGAAUGGGCUGCUGGUGAUCCGAGAUGACCCAGAAGGUCUGGAAUUCCCGUGGGGACCCAAACCCUUCAGGGAAGUCAUUGCAGGACCCUUACUUAGAAACAGCGGGCAGUCCCUGGAGAGCAGCAGCCUGGAGGGGUCUCACGUGGGCGUCUAUUUCUCUGCACACUGGUGUCCACCCUGCCGAAGCCUCACCCGGGUCCUGGUGGAAUCUUACCGGAAAAUCAAGGAGGCAGGCCAGAAAUUUGAGAUCAUCUUUGUUAGUGCCGACAGGUCAGAGGACUCAUUCAAACAGUACUUCAGUGAGAUGCCCUGGCUCGCUGUCCCCUACACGGACGAGGCCCGGCGGUCACGCCUCAACCGGCUGUAUGGAAUCCAAGGCAUCCCCACUCUCAUCGUGCUGGACCCACAGGGAGAAGUGAUCACGAGGCAGGGACGGGUGGAGGUGCUGAAUGACGAGGACUGCAGGGGGUUCCCAUGGCACCCCAAGCCCGUGCUGGAGCUCUCUGACUCCAAUGCUGUGCAGCUCAAUGAAGGUCCCUGCCUCGUCCUCUUUGUAGAUUCUGAGGAUGACGGGGAGUCCGAGGCCGCCAAGCAACUGAUCCAGCCAAUAGCUGAGAAGAUAAUUGCCAAGUACAAAGCCAAAGAGGAGGAGGCGCCGCUUUUAUUCUUUGUGGCAGGGGAGGACGACAUGACCGACUCCCUGCGAGAUUACACCAACCUGCCCGAGGCUGCCCCUUUGCUCACCAUUCUGGACAUGUCAGCCCGGGCCAAGUACGUGAUGGACGUGGAAGAGAUCACCCCUGCCAUUGUGGAGGCCUUUGUGAAUGACUUCCUAGCAGAAAAGCUCAAACCAGAGCCCAUCUAGUGGGACUCUGGCCUCAUGAGACGUUAUUUAAAACUCAGUCUCCUCUUCCUCCUCUUCUCCUUCCUUCCCUCCACCCUUGGGCUUUUCCAGCGUGUCCUGAAUCACACAACCCAAGUGUCCAACCUCUCUGUGGUGCCUUGUUUUCUGCAUUAACUCCUCCUCAGUUAGCACCCUAGGGUGCACAUCUUCUCAGCAGCAGAAGAACCCACAAUGUUUGGAAACUCUGCUUGGGAUUCACGGGGCUGGCAUAAUCUGGCCA